AUGUCGUCGCUACUUGGACGGGCAUCCGUCGCUGCAAAAGCUGUCGCCAAGUCGUGUCGACCACCAUAUGUCCCAGCAAUCGUGCACACACGACGCGAUAUGGCAACGGUAGCACCAUCACACGAUACCAUGCCCGGGUUUCGUUUCGGUGUAUACCCUGUUGUGGGUGGCGACCAGGCCAAACCAGUCCAUAAAAUACGAGUUCCAAGGUUCGAGUCAUUAGAGGCGGAACGAGCGCACAGGAAGCUACACCAAGCAGCAGCUCUUCGAUGGCUUGGGCUCAAUGGCUACAACAAUGAAGGAGCAGGUGGACACGUUACUGUCAGGGAUCCUGUUAUGCCGGACCACUUCUGGAUCAACCCACACGGGAAGUCGUUUAGCCAUAUGCGACCUGACGACCUCUGCCUGGUUGACGAAGAAGGUGUGGUCAAGGAAGGAGGCAACAUGCAUUCCAUCAACCCAGCUGGAUAUGUAAUCCAUUCCGCUAUCCACAAGGCUCGACCAGAUGUCAUCGCUGCGGUGCAUUGCCACUCUGUGCCCAGCAAGGCCUUUUCAUCACUAGGCAUCAAGCUCGAUCCGAUUAACCAGGACGCAUGCCGCUUCCACAACGACCACAGCAUCUGUUUCCACCACGGUGGCAUCGCCUUCAAAAAAGACGAAGGCACACAGAUCGUCAAAGCUCUCGGCCCUCACAAAGCCGUCAUUCUCGGCAACCAUGGCCACCUGACAGUAGGCAAAACCGUCGAUGCAGCAACAUUUCUCUUCGGCGCCUUCGAUCGUUGCAUCCAGGCACAGAUGCUUGCUGAUACCGUUGCAGCUGCGAGGGGUAUUCAGACGGUUAAAGUGGCGGAGGAAGCGGCUGACUAUUCGAGGAAGAAUUAUACUGAUGAGAUGACCUAUAUCAUGUUCCAGAGCGCUUUUGAGGACGUGGUGAAGUCGAGUAACGGAGACUUGAGCUUCAGUGUGCCAGGAGAGCUGCCGAGGGAGGGGUAG